AAUGGACAAAAAAGGUAACUUUGAAAGAUUAAGAAAUAAAUUGAGAAGUGAUCUAUUUAAGAAUGAGAAUUAAUAAAAAUAGAAUGUUGAAGAAAUCAUAAAUCAAUGUCCAUAAAUAUUAGAAUAUGUUCAUUGUUCAAGUUAAAGUGAAUUUAAAGAAGAUGCACCUAAAAUAAUAGAUUAUUUAUCAAAUUAGAAACAAUUUGAAUAGAUGAAACAAUCAUUUAAAAAUAUCUAUCAAAUAGGAAAAAUUUUAGGUGAAGGAGCCCAUGCUGUAGUUAGGUAAUGUUGGUAAAUAAAAAAUCCAGAUGAAACAUAUGCAGUUAAGAUUUCUCGGAAUGCAGAUCCUGAAAUAACUGAGAUAAUGAAAUAAACAUUUCUUAAUACAGUUUCUUUAAAUCAUCCUUAUAUUUGCAAGACAAAUAUGCUUUACAUAGAUCCAAAUAUGGAAUUUUCAUAUUUAGUAAUGGAAUAUCUGCCAUAUCCAAGUUUGUAAUAAAUUUUGAAGGAGAGAAAAACUUUAGAUCUAAAUGAAGCAUGUUUAAUUGUGAGAUAAUUGUUUGAGGCAGUAUCAUAUAUUCAUAAAGUUGGAUUAUGUCAUAGAGAUAUUAAGCCAGAUAAUAUUGUAUUUGAUAAUGAUACAAAUACUAUUAAAUUAAUUGAUUUUGGUGUUUCUAAGAGAUUUCUAAUAGCUGAAAAGAAUUGUAAAGAUAUUAAAAAUAAUCUGUUAUGGACAGUAACUGGAACAAUGCCUUAUUAAGCUCCUGAAUUAUGGAUAGGUUCUGGAUAUACUAAAUAGAUAGAUGUAUGGGCUAUUGGAAUAGUUUGUUAUUAAAUGUUAUGUGGCAAAUUACCUAUUGAUUAAGAAAAUUAAAUGGAUAGUUUCUCUACUUAAUCUGAGUAUACUGAACAUUUGAAAUAACCAGAAUUUCUUAAAUUGCCUCCUAUUGUUAUUGAUUUUAUUAAAAGAAUAUUAAAAUGGAAUCCAGAUAAACGAAUCACAUCAGCUUGUAUUUAUUUAUUAUUCAAUUUUAGAGGCUUUACUUCAUCCUUGGCUUUAUUAACCUAAGAUUAUCUCUAGACAUCUAAAUAUCAGAUCAAAGGAUGACAUUGUUCUUACGUCUAGUGAUAAACCUCUUUUAGGUUUAGUUAGGUCUAUGUAAGCAAAUAUGAAAAUAUUACAAUAAUCUGUUUCUAAUUCUAAUGAAUAAAUUAUUGAUAAAAGAGAUCUAACUAAAAAUCAUGGAUAAAUCAUUAUUGCAUACAAAGAAACCAGUUAGCAAAUCAGAGAAAAAUCUAUCCACUUUUAAUAAUCAAUCCAUUCAGUUAGUCUUACCAAAUGCACUGCUAAAUCCACCGAUGAUGUUAAAGAUCUAUUUGAUGUCAUUAAUUUUUGUGACAGUAAUUCCUCCUUUGAGGCUUUAGAAGAAAAACAAUAAUUAUAAGUUCAAUCAUAAAAAUAAGCUUAGUAAUAGCAACAAUAAAAAUUGGGUUUCUCUUAACGUUUAGGUGUUAUUAAGGAGGAGCCAGAAACUCCAUAUAGUGAUUAACUCAAGAAAACAAUUCAAGAAUUCGAUUAGAUUUGA